AUGAAGGGAACACUACAUUAUCUUCAGUAUAUUUCCAGACGCUUAAGCGGAGCCUGCGUCCUUGUAGGUAUGACAAUCGUCCUCGCCAGCGUUCGUGUUGUCGAGGAUGCUGUUAUCUUCUUGACAUCAUUGUUCGAGGACAAGACGUGGAAUGCCUCUCAUGUGGCUCGCCUGCGUUUCUUGUCAACCUUUAUUUCUCCAAUCGUAGCUACCCGCAAGGAAGAAAAGGAUCAGAAGAGCAGCUCGUCAACAUGCCCCUACCUUACUGGAAGCUUCCCCAUUGCUCACGAUUUCUCAGAGAGGCGUUUUUUGAUUGGCUUUGCCCCAAUGUUUUUCGUAAGGUGCAUUAUGCGACUCAUGUCUGCUUUCCCUUCUUGGCAUGCCGAAAUCGUUUACUUGUGCUCGAUGCUCUGCCACAAGCUUUCUUUUGUUUCGGAGUUGUGUCGCUCUUUUCUCCAGCUUUGGGGUUAUGUGGCAAUCAGAACAGCCCAUUUCGAUUCCUUCUGCAAGUGGGCAAUAGCGAAAAAAGACGUGACGCAAGUAAUCAUUGUCGGAGCAGGUUUUGAUACCCGGGCUUACCGGUUCGCUGGGCUCACAACAUAUCACGGUGUCCGCGUAGUAGAAAUGGACUUGCAUCACGUUCAAUGGAAGAAGUGUACCAACCUCCUAAAUGCUCUAAACGGUGACGACUUGCUCACAGGCUACAGAACGCUCCGCUUCGUUUCUUGCGACUUAGAGCGUGACAACUUUGGAGAGCGGCUGCGGAGCGCUGGAGUCAGACGGGACGCCACAACCGCUCUUCUGUUGGAGGGUGUCAGUCCGUAUGUCAAACCGAAAGAGCUAAGGCAUGUUCUAGAGGACAUCCGUGCAUAUUUUUCUAGCGAUUCGAAGAGCAGCAGCGGCGCGAAGGGCGCAGACGUUUAUCUUCUUAUGGAUUACUUGAUCGAUGAAGAUAUUUUGAACGACGGCUCCACCAAGCAUUCAGGCUCCAGUGAGAGCCCAGAGAAGGACGGCAGACAAAGGGAGGCUGGUGCGCGUUGGGGAGGUGGGCAGUGGAGGAAAGGUCCUCUGAAGAGAUUGAGCCACCUGAUCACACAUGCACCGGAGAAGUGGAGCUUCUUGCCCGAUGAUGCAGGGAAGUGGGCAGGUGCAUCAGGAUGGAAAGAAGUAUGGAGGACAAGUGCCAAAGACGCGGGGGCAAGCCUUGCUGAUCACCGCUACUGCAAGAUUUUCCAGUCUGUCAGCGAGCUCCCUGUCGGCGUCUCCCUGUUCCAGCUCAAAAAGGAAUGA